AUGACAGAUAGAAGAACAAGCAACGCCCGUGAUGUCUUGCCUACUAGUUCAACUCCGUCUCACUACGACGUGACCUUGACUGUCAAUGGUCUCGAAACAGACUUCAAGUUCAAAGGAAUUGUGAAAGUAACCCUCAAAAUCAAUGAAGAUACCACCAAAAUCUCGUGUAAUUCAAACGACAUUGAAAUUCACCACUGUCAAAUCACAUCCACUCUCAUCAAGACCGACUCGACUCAAGUCGCCAAAAGUAUAACUCUCGACAAGCCAACCGAAACGGCUACAUUCGAGUUUGCAUCCGUCAUCAAGGCUGGCUCCACCGCCGUCUUGCACAUUGAGUUUACAGGCAACCACAAUGAUCAACUUGCUGGCUUCUAUCGAAGCAAGUACACUGAUCCACAAGGCAACACAAAGUACAUGGCUGUAACCCAAUUCGAAGCUACAGACGCCCGUCGCUGCUUCCCCUGUUGGGAUGAACCAGCUCUCAAGGCAACCUUCGACUCAACAUUGAUCAUCCCUACUGGUUUGACCGGGUUGUCAAACAUGGAUGUCCUCGAAGACUCGAUCGUCCAAGUCGACGGCAAAGACUUUACUAGGCUAAAGUUUGAACGUACUCCCAUCAUGAGUACUUAUCUCGUCGCCUACGUCGUGUCUGCUCUGGAUGUGGUCGAAGACUAUGCUCAUCCGAAAUCACCAGCUGAUGCCAAGCCCAUCAAAGUCAGAGUCUUUACCCCACAAGGAUUGGCCGAACAAGGACGAUUUGCUCUAUUUGUCGCUACUAGGACAUUGGAGUUCUUUUCAGAAUACUUUGAUAUCGCAUAUCCAUUGUCAAAGAGUGAUUUGGUUGCGAUACCCGAUUUCGGAGGCAAGUUUUCUGGAGCCAUGGAAAAUUGGGGGCUUGUUACAUACCGAACAGUUCUUUUGUUGUUUGAUGAAGAAAAUACCAGUGCUGCUACGAAACAGAGGAUUGCUUACGUCAUUGGUCAUGAGCUCGCACAUCAGUGGUUUGGUAACCUCGUCACCAUGGAUUGGUGGAGUGAUCUCUGGCUCAAUGAAGGCUUUGCUACCUUUGUUGGAUGGCUAUCCACAGACCACUUGUUUCCGGAUUGGGAUGUCUGGACGCAGUUCGUUAUGGACGAUGAACAAAGGGCCUUCCAGCUCGAUGGUUUGCGUUCAUCACAUCCUAUCGAAGUGGAUGUCAAGAAUCCUGCUGAGAUCAGUCAAAUCUUUGAUGCUAUCUCCUAUUCGAAAGGUGCCAGUGUUAUCCGCAUGCUGAACGGUGCUUUAGGGGGUGAUAACUUUAUGAAAGGUGUUCGCUCAUAUUUGAAAAAGUUUUCAUACUCAAAUGCCGCCACUUCAGAUUUAUGGGCCUCAUUAUCUGAAGCAUCUGGAGUCGACGUCAACGCUCUCAUGUAUCCAUGGACUCGAGAGAUGGGAUAUCCAAUCCUCACCAUCGAUUCAGAGAAAUAUGACGCAGUCAAGAAUGAAAUGCACAUCACACUCACCCAAUCUCGAUACUUGUCCUCUGGUGAUGUAAAACCCGAAGAAGAUAAAGUCAUCUGGACGGUACCUCUCGUCAUAUCUACCAACGCGACUGGUAAAAAUCCUCACCGUAUUAUGAUGACGGGCAAGACGCAAAGUAUCGUCAUUCCAUAUACCGAAUCUGAUCAUGCCUUUUGGAAGUUGAAUUACGAGAGUACGGGAUUCUUCCGUGUCAAGCUGCCACAGGAUACUUUAUUGAAAUUAUGUAAAGAGAUCUAUCGAACGGGAGGCGAUGUAUUCUCCUCAUCAGAUCGUAUUGGAGUGUUGACUGAUGCUUGGGCACUGGCUCGUGCAGGAUAUGGAUCUACUGUUGGAGCUCUCGAAGUUUUGCGUUGGUAUGCCAAGGAGGAAAGCUACAUUGUAUUGACUGAGAUGAAUGCUCAAUUGUCGUCAUUACAGUCCAUUUGGCAUACAGAACCUCAGCAUGUCCAACAAGGUCUCCUGACUUUGAAAAAACAGAUCUUUGGGUCAAAGGCUCGAGCCAUUGGAUACGAAUAUCCAAAGGGUGAAGAUCAUUUGACUACUUUGAAAAGAAAUCUAGUCAUUGCUGUAGCUGCUAAAGCUGGUGAUGAAGAGGUGGUCGGUGAACUGUUGAAACGAUUCGGAGAAUAUCGAAAUGGCAACGAAGCUGCCUUGUCUGCAAACUUGCGAGGGGCUGCUUUUGUCACUUUUGCUCGUCAUUCAAGCACCAAGGCAGAGUUUGAUGUACUUGCCAAUCUUUACAAAACAAUCGCGACUCCAGACCAGAAACUAUCAGUGUUGCAGUCAUUGGGUGGUAUCAACUCUCUUGAUAUCAUCAAGUCUCUCCUUGAUGACUUUAUCCUCAACACUGAGUUGGUUCGUUCGCAGGAUUUGAUGUAUCCAAUUAGCGGUAUCAGCAAUCACAAUCGAGCAACAGCAGAAGUACGAGCUAUGCUGUGGGACUGGUUGAAACGCAAUUGGGAUCAGGUUAUCUUCCCACGAUAUGAGCCUAGUUUGACUCUUCUCGGCCGCGUCUGCCAACUCUGCGUUGAAGAUCGAGUUGGACUUGAUUUUGCUGAUGAAGUAGAUAGUUGGGCUGAUGGACGUGAAUUAGGUCCCCAAGGCAAAGGAAAGCGUCAAGAUCAAAUCAAGUCAAUUCGUCGAAUGCUUGAUCAAUCCUUGGAAAAAGUACGUUCGAAUACUAAAUGGUUAGAGCGUGAAAGGGAGAAUGUAUCAAAGUGGAUUGCUUCUGGUUUGUCCGAAUCUAAAAUGUAA